AUGGAAGGCCUUUUCAGGUAUGCUGAUGGUGUAGACAAGUUGCUGAUGUUUAUUGGUAUUUUGGGAUGCUUGGGGGAUUCAUUGUCAGAUCCAUUGGCCAUGUCUAUUAUGAGUUCAGCCUUAGACGCAUUCGGAAGUGCUGAUCAGUCUAUUGCCAUAGGGGCGGUGAACAAGUAUGCACUCCAGCUUCUGUAUGUUGCUCUUGGAGCUGGAUUUGCUGCUUUUCUAGAAGGAGUUUGCUGGACAAGAACUGCUAAGAGGCAAACAUCUCGUAUACGGACAAAAUACUUAAAAUCGGUCCUUAGACAAGAAGUUAGUUUCUUUGACAACCAAGAUGCUUCAUCAACCACCUUUCAAGUUGUCUUAAACAUUUCUGCUGACGCCCACUCGAUUCAAGAUGCUAUAGCUGAAAAGAUACCUACCUGUAUGGCUCAGCUCUGUGCAUUCUUGUUUAACCUAAUAGUUGCCAUCCUACUUUCAUGGCAAUUAGCAUUGGCGUCUCUUCCAUUUGCAAUAGGGUUUAUAGCCCCUGGGGUGGGGUUUGGAAAAUAUAUGAUGGACCUAGGAAUCAAGAGUAAUGAUGCUUAUGUGGUUUCAGGUGGUAUUGCAGAACAGGCAAUAUCAUCUAUCCGAACUGUCUAUUCGUAUGUUGGUGAGCAUCAAACACUCGAUAGAUUUAGCCAUUCUCUUCAUGAAAGUAUGAACCUUGGGAUAAAGCAAGGACUAGUGAAGGGGUUGAUGAUAGGAAGCAUGGCAACAAUUUUUGCAACAUGGGCAUUUCAAUCUUGGUAUGGGAGCAGUCUUGUCACUGAAAGAGGAGAAAGCGGUGGCCAUGUUUCUGUAUCAGCAAUCUGUAUUAUCCUUGCAGGAAUGUCCUGUAUGAGUGCACCCCCUAAUCUCCCAUUUAUCACAGGGGCAUCAACUGCUGCAGAAAGAAUUUUUGAGACGAUUGGCUCUAUCCCAAAAAUAGACUCAGAAAAUGCCAAGGGGAAAGUUUUAGCAAAUGUAAGAGGGCAAAUUGUGUUUAGAGAAGUUCAUUUUAGUUAUCCAUCAAGAAAAGAUAUGGUUAUCCUCCAGGGUCUCAAUCUUCUCGUACAAGCUGGUGGGAGAGUCUGGCGUUCGUUAUCAGGAGGGAAAAAGCAAAGGAUAUCAAUAGCAAGGGCAUUGCUUAAAGAUCCGAGAAUCCUUUUGCUUGAUGAAGCUACUAGUGCAUUGGAUGCACACUCUGAAAGCAUAGUACAGGCAGCCAUUGACCAGGCUUCUCUAGGAAAAACAACAAUUGUCAUAGCUCAUCGCCUUACCACUAUCCGUAAUGUCGACAAGAUUGUUGUACUUCAGUCCGGGAGAGUCAUUGAAUCAGGGUCUCAUGAUGAGCUGAUGCAAAUAAAUAAUGGGGAAGGUGGAGUUUACUCUGAAAUGGUGAAAGUGCAACAAUCGGCAAUAAAUAAUAAGCCUCCCGAUAGUCUACGUCACCCGAUUGAGGGAAGAUACUGUAUGAAGACAACAUAUGCCCACAGUCCCAUGUCCCCUUUCAGUUUAAGCAGGCAAAACAGGGCAGUUCUUACCAUUCACUCCAAGGUUCCACCAAUUCAGAACAGUCCCUUGUCCACCUUUAGUGAUUAUUAUCUAAAGAAUGAUGAUAAAUUGGAGAGUUCUCCGUCUCCGAGUCCUUGGAGGUUAUUUCAAAUGAAUGCACCAGAGUGGAAGAGAGCCUUGCUUGGUUGUCUAGGUGCUAUUGUCUUUGGUGCAAUCCAGCCAAUUCAUGCCUAUUUCAUGGGUGCAAUGGUUGGGUGGUUUGAUCAAGAUGAGAAUACAGGUGCUGCUGUUUGUGCAAUAUUUUCAACUGAAGCCAAUAUAGUUCGAUCUCUUGUUGGAGAUCGCAUGUCAUUAGUGGUUCAGGCCUUUACAACUGUUGCUCUUGCCUUUUUGCUUGGGCUAAUCGUGGCAUGGAAAGUUGCAAGUGUAACAAUGGCAAUACAACCUUUUAUUAUUGCCAGCUUCUACUUGAAAAGUGUCAUGAUGAAAAAAAUCUCGGAACAUGCCAAAAAAGCGCAAAAUGAAGGAAGCCAACUAGCAAGUGAAGCAGUGGUCAAUCACAGGACGAUCACCGCAUUUUCUUCUCAGAAACGAAUUCUCGAUAUCUUUGCAGCAACACUGAAAGGCCCUCAUAAACAAAGCAUAAAACAAUCAUGGUUUUCUGGAGUAGGCUUGUUUACCUCCCAAGUCCUAAAAACAGCUUCCGUAGCUUUGACAUUUUGGUACGGUGGGACUCUAAUGAACAAAGGAUUAUUAAGAGCAAAGGAUCUAUUUCUGGUUUUCUUCAAGAACGUAGCAGAUGCAGGAACCAUGACAUCAGAUUUGUCAAAAGGUAGCAACGCCAUCAAAUCUACUUUUGCAGUUCUCGACAGGAAAAGCAAGAUUGAGCCUAAGAACCCUGAAGGUUACAAGAUUGAAAAACUGCUGAGAGGCAAGAUAGAAUUAAAGAAUGUUUUCUUUUCAUAUCCCUCCAGGCCUGAACAGAUGAUCUUACAAGAUCUUAGUCUCAAGAUUGCAGCUGGAAAAACAGUGGCUCUUGUAGGACAGAGUGGUUCAGGCAAAUCCACUAUUUUCAGCUUGAUUGAGAGAUUCUAUGAUCCAAUAAAAGGAUCAGUUCUUAUAGACAACCACGAUGUCAAAAGCUACAACUUACGAGACUUGAGAUCACAUAUUGCACUUGUGAGUCAAGAACCGACUCUUUUUGCACAAACCAUCCAUGAAAAUAUAGUUUACGGAAAAGCGGAUGCCACAGAAGCUGAAAUCAAAGAAGCUGCAAUUCUCGCAAAUGCUCAUGAAUUUAUAAGUUCAAUGAAGGACGGAUAUCGAACUCACUGCGGUGUGAGAGGAGUCCAGCUUUCAGGGGGACAAAAGCAGCGGAUUGCACUUGCUCGGGUAAUUCUGAAGAAUCCAUCAAUCCUUCUCCUGGAUGAAGCAACCAGUGCUCUGGAUGGUUUCUUUGAGAAUCUAGUCCAAGAAGCGUUGGAGAAAUUGAUGGUAGGCAGGACUUGUGUAAUUGUAGCUCAUCGUUUAUCGACAAUACAGAAGGCAGAUUCCAUCAUGGUGAUCAAGAACGGAAAGACUGUGGAAGAAGGAUCACAUCAUGAACUACUUGCUGUUAGAGAUCAUGGAGCAUACUACUCACUAAUCAAGUUACAACACGCCGGCCUCUUUAGUGAGCCACAAGUAGGAUAUGUAAAAUCUAGGUGA